AUGCUUCAAAUCAAGCGGAAACACAAUGAAGAACCAAUUCCUUUGCUUUUUAUGGCGGAAUCAUCAGACCCUUCUGGUAGCAUAAGCCCUUUUAAACGUAAAAAAAAGGAAAACGACUAUGUGUUUAUACUUUCUGAAACAGUACAAAAUGAAUCCAUAAAAGAAUAUUUACAAAAACAAGAAGGAAAACAAAUAACAAAAGCAAAAAAGCAAUCAGAAUGGCCUCCUGUAUAUACACUAGAAAAAAUACUUAGCAAUGAACUUAAAAAUCCAACAAACUGUUACGAAAUAUCACCGAAUAAAAACAGAAAAUCUCUCGAAUCUGAUCAACCAUCUCCAAUGAAUAAUUAUGUAUAUGAUAUGUAUGUUCCUUUAGUUUAUACACCUGAUGAACCUCUACCUACUUCACAAUAUGGAGUUUUAAUGGUUAAAGAAAACGAAAAUAUUUCUUUUUUUGAAGAUACCUUAAAUUCUUCUGAAGAAGAUGAAAACUCUGAAGAAGACGAAGAUUCUAACGCAGAAGAUUUUUAUCGAAAUACAUAUCCAGAUGAAGAUACAUGGCCAACUAGCGAUACUGAAGAAUACGAAUCAAAAAGUUCUUUAUAUUAA